AAGUGGUAGAAGUGUCAUUAUUUAGCCUAUGAAGUGAAGGGGAGAGAAGAGAGCAAACACGACUGAAUGACCCUGGGGUGGGAAAGGCUCUCGACUCCACUACCUCAUUAAAGCUUAAAGCGUUCAGAUGGACAACACAUCAAAUGGUGGUCCCGACCUCACAAGCUUCGGCUACUGCUCUCCAAUCCCACCCAACUCACUUCACUUCCAUGGAGAUCAGCUCACAGUUAACUUCUGAAAUGGACUCUGUUUAGAAGUGUAAAAACAUGAAAGGCGUUACGCUGAGGGAGAGGACAGAAGGGACUUAUUAAAACAGCAGGACCGAUGACAGUUUGGUGGUUGGACUCGAGCCAAAGAGGAACUCAGAACCUAACAUGUCAUGCCCUGACAGGAUUUGGAAAUCUCAGGUGGGAACUGGACCAGACACAUAUUCAGAAACCACAACAAGAACAAGAAGAAGAAGAAAUUAUGUCCUUUUGGCCUCAACUGCUGUUUUAGGAUUUGAAAAUCUGAAAUAAUGGUAGGAUAGAUGUCUUCCACUUCAAACCAGAAGCCGGCAGCCGUGCGUGGUUAUCAUCAGGCUCAAAGUUAAUAGUGGUGGAGCGUUCAUCUUCACGAAGCCAAACCCUAAUCUAGUCACGGCUCUGAUGAAAGAUUAUUGUGCUUCAGUGGUUCCCUAAAGUAACAGGACUAUAUAUUCAUUAACUCUUUCCCUGACAGAGGCCUUGAAGGUUUUUUAGUAGGUGUGUGUGUGUGUGUGAGGUGAGUCUUUGUCUGUGUGUGUGCAACCAGCGUGUGCGUGAGAGUUAUAAAUGGAGAGGCAGGGAUGUCUUGGAGACUCUGAGCUGUAUGACUUUGUCAGCGAUAUAAAUCUCAUGGAGUUUCACCCAAAGUCCACUGCGGGACCUAAACAGCUGGGGGACGGUGCUCAGUCUCCCAUGGCCUACCGGAGUCGGUUCUACAACCUCUCCUACGUUCCUGGGGGCCACCGGGAGACGGCUUCAUUCCAGGGGGAGCACAGUGAAGACGGACAGCCCCUGCACGAACCAGCCCCCGGGGACACAUCCGUGUACCCCUACAGCCCAGGCCCUUUCCCACACACACCCCCCCCCCCCCUCACACACGCCGGUCGGUCGAAGCGGAGGCGCGUGAUCUCGGUGGGCCAGCGUCAGGCGGCGAACGUCCGGGAGAGGAAGAGGAUGUUCAGUCUGAACGAGGCGUUCGACGAGCUGCGGAGGAAGGUGCCGACUUUUGCCUACGAGAAGAGGCUCUCCCGCAUCGAGACGCUUCGGCUCGCCAUUAUUUAUAUCACCUUCAUGACGGACCUGUUGGAGAGCACCUGACCUGAUCGCAUAGAGUCAUCGGGGUGAUAGGAAUCCGACACAUUUAUCAGACUGGUUAGAUGUAUUGACGCUUUGACUCCACAUCAUCUAUGUCUUCUCUGUGACGUACCUGUUUAGAACCACUGAUCAGGCUCACCGUGGCCAAGAGUGAUUGGAAACCUGGUUAAUUGAUAUGUUCUGUUCAUGGCAGGCCAAUACUGGAAAAACACCUGACCAGGAGCGAUGUGAGUGAUAAGAUAUCUGAUUUAUUAUAUGUAUUUAUGGAUCUUCCCGUCUUAGAAUGUUGCUGUGGUUGGUAACAUUUAAUACGAAAAGGGUUUUUAGUUGCAUUGUAGAAAUGUGUUAUUAACAUUACUCAGAAAACAAUAAUUAUCUUACAAACAGUUGAACUGUGGAAUGAUAUGUGCUAAGUAAUCUUUUGGUUUAGCAGUCUAAAUUGGGUUCAUUUUCAUGGCAAAAAAUAAUAAUAAUAUUGUAAUGAGAUAUCAAAGAGAAACCACUUAACUGAUACCAUUAAGGUGUCUGCACAGGGGUUGGCCAAAAGGCCUAGAACCCCACGGGGAGUGUUUGUGAUUAAUAAGGAGUUAAAGAUAAACGCUGAUGGUGUUGACUCAUCAUCAACUCUAUUUAUCUAUCGGACGGUAAAGUGCUAACUGCUUGUGAGGAUUUCAUGAGUGAACUGCAGGGGAAGGAGUGGGAUUAGAGAGAUUUACCACUAGAGGAGAAGCUACCUCAUCAGCCCCAACUGUUUGUGUGUCACAGUAUGCAACUCCCUGGUGAGCAACCUAGUCCCCCUCCCCUCUUUUCAUAGGAGAGUAUGCCACCUAGUGGCCAUUUACUUACCGUUAACAUUCAUUACUGAAGGCCUACCUUUAACCAGGGCUCUCUAACUGUAUUUCCACUUAAAAGGUUUAUGCAAUUGUAACGCAGCACUCCUUUACAUAAUAAGCCUAGACUUAUUUUUAUUUUUUAUGCUUUGUAUGACAGGAACAUUUGAAGAAAUAGACAACAGGGUUUUUUCAGAAAGAGCAUUGGGCCAGAUUCAAACCCAUAAUACCCCAGAGACAAUGGCUUAGACCACAGAACCACCAGAAUCUAUCGUUGAAAAAAUAACAAAGCCAAUAACCACAUCUGUUUUGGUAAAAAUAAGUAAUAUUAAUACAAAUUUUUUAAAACAGUGAAUGCAAGGAAUGAUGUUCAUUCAAUUAACAUUAUAGUUUGAGCUUUGACCAUAUACAGCGUUUGUUUAUGCAUUCAUUGCUCACCAACAAUAAAGUAAAACAACACUCUAAAUAAUGCUCCAAAUCUGGGCAAUUUUGACAACCCACAAUGGGGUCCAUAUUGGACAAACAGAGCAUUGUUAUUAUUCUACCCAGCAAGGUUGGGUUGUGAGAUAAACCCAGAACACCAGUUUGAACCAUCACCGCUGUCAUUAUAUAUGUAAUCGUUUUGUAAUGUUCUGUGUCAUCGCAAUUAAAAUGUGGGUCACAUAGUUUUGCAUUCUCUACUAUCCCACCCUUUCUCCUUUUCUACCAGUAUCUUGAUCACCUGUGGGCAGGGACAAGUGUCCCCUAGGAUGAACCUGAGUAGGGUCCAUUCACCUCUGCCUGGUAUCGGUAAAGUUAGAACCUGCCUAAAACCACACAUUCACAGGGUUUAACCGUAUAUGACACCAUUAUUAUGAGAUUGUUUUCCUGCAUUUAGUAGAUAGUUAGUAGUUGGAGAUGCUAUCACACUACAGUAAAUUCAGGAGUUAAAAAUGAAUCACCCUGAGCUUGCUAAAACUUGUGUUUCCGGCUCAAAUCUGUGUUUAGGUUGCAGUCUGCAAACUGAGAGUCAGUGAGAAAACAU